AGGGGGAGAGAGGAAAACAACAACAACAACAACAACGGCGGCGGCGGCGGCGGUCCGCUAGCGGGAGAGGCGGCGAUGGUGACCCACGGCCGCCGGUAACCAUGGCUCGCCGCGAGUCGAUGCGGUUGGCAGCAGCAGCAGCGCCGGCCCCCAGUCCGCGGCCGCACGGCUUGGCCGCCCUCUCGCCGCCCGGCUAGAGCGGUGGUUGCUGAGGAGCCACAGCCACAGCCACAGCCCCGGGCCGGGCCCCUGCCCCUCGUCCCCGGCUCCAGCCGCAACCGCAACCGCAACCCCGGGCCGGAGCCUCAAGCGGCGGCGCACAUCCAUCACCCAUCUCCUCCUCCUCCUCCUCCUGGUCGGCCGGCUCCGGAAGAUGGCGACCGGCGUGGGCUGGCAACAACAACAGCAGCAGCAGCACUGCAGCGGUGGGCCGGCAGCCGGCAAGGUGGGCUCGGCCCCCGAGUACAACCACGAGCUGCACAUCAAGAUGAGCAAGAAGAUCGCCCAACUGACCAAGGUGAUUUACGCUUUAAACACCAAAAAUGAUGAACAUGAGGCUGCUAUCCAGGCACUCAAGGAGGUCCAUGAGGAGGACGUUCAACAAAUCUUUGAUGAAACAAAAGAGAAAAUUCUUUACUAUAAGGGGAAAAUUAACGAGGAAGUAGAAUUACGAAAGAAAAUCCAGUCGUUGGAAGAAUCUCUGGAACAACAUGAGCAGAUGAAAAAACAAGCACUAGCAGAAUUUGAUGCCUAUAAGCAGCAGGUUGAAGAUACACAUCUUGUUUUAGAGACUCAUCAAAUGCAAGGUGUUGUGAUUAUGUCUAGAAAUAUUCAAGAAAUUAAGGAUAGUUUUGAAGAUAAACUACAACAAUUUAUGCGGUUAGAAUCUCAAUUUGAUCUGGAUAAACAAGAAACUCUGGAAGAAUUGCGUGCAGCUCAUAAGCUAGAAAUUCAGAAUCUCUUAAAGUCUUCACAGAGUCAGCAGGAAACUUCAGAUAAACAACAAGAGAAAUUGCAGCAAAUGCUUAGAACUGAACUGAUAUCUGUGAAGAACAAAACUGAAGCACUUGCACUUGAAAAACAAAAAAUAGCGGAUGAAUUUGAGGCUAAAUUGAGCAAAACUCGGGCCUUUUAUGAACAUGAAAUUGAAGCUAUAAAAAAAUCUCAACAGGCUUCAGAAAGUGUGCUAUGUAAACAGAGGGAGUCCCAAUUAAAAGUGGAGUUUCAUGUCCAAGAGACUGCUUUGAGAACAGCACUUGAGAAGUUGCAGGCAGAAUUGCAGAUCUCUCAGGAGGAUGGCAAUCAGCUGAGGAACAAGUAUGAACAGCUUCAUGGAGCAUUAAACAAAGCAGAAAGUAAUGUACAAAUGCUUCAGGAACAGCUGAAAGAGGACCAACAAAAAGAUAAUGAUACCCUUAUAAAUCAAAAACAGUUAGAAAAUGAACUGGUUGUUUGUAAAGAUCUUAUUCAACAACAAUCUACAGAAUUGCUACUGAAAUCAAGUCAUAUUGGAACACUUGAAGCCACUGAAAUGAACCAAGAAGCUACAAUCCAAGAACUGGAGUCACAGCACUGCAGAUUAAAGGAGAAAUUAUCUCAUCUUGAAGAGGAAAGGAAUAUCUUGCAAAAUAGCAAGCAGACCUUGGAUGAACAACAGAGACAUCAACUAAUAGCAAUUGAGAAGUCCUUAAAUGAAGAAAAAGAAAUGCAAAUACAAUAUCAUGAAGAGGAGUUAACAAACCUGCACUAUAAGCAUGAAGAGGAAAUCAAAUAUCUAAAGGAAACCUUUAAGAAGAAUAUGGAGGAGUUAUCUGAAAAACAUCAGGCAGCAUUAGAAUCUGUUCAAGGAACAAGUGAAAGAGAAAAGCAAAAAUUGCAAAUGGAAAUAGAUCAAAGUCUUGCGAAAGAUCGGCUGCGAAUGGAAGAGGAGAAAAAUCAGUACCAACGACAAAUAGAAAACAUACAGGAAGAGUUGACUGCUAAGUUAAACACAGCGAAUCAAGAGGUGUGCUGUUUACAGGAGCUUGUGAAAAAGAGUGAACAUGGCUUAGGAUCAGCAGAAGGGCAUAUUUCCAGCUUGAAGGAUGCUCAGAAAAAACUGAAAGAAGAACUGGAUCGUACCAGGAUUAAACUGAGGGAGACAAGUGAUUCAUUUUCUUCUGUGCAGGGAGAAAUGGAACAACAAAGGCAGAACUAUGAGACCCAACUAACUCUGGCUAAAGAAGAAGAGAGGUUCAAAUUGGAAGAAUUGGAGAAAGAACUGGAACAAAAAUGGAAAACAGUUGUGAGGGAGCAAUAUGAAAACUUAUGCACAAAGUUAGAAAGACAGUAUGCUGAUGAGAAGAGGUCUGCACUGGCUCAUCUCUCACAUCAAAAGGACCAGGAAAUCAACGCAGAGAAGGAAGGCUGUCAGAAAAAGGUAGAAGAUCUCUUGAAUCAGCGGCACUUUCUAGGUGAAGCUUUACAAAAAUCUAUCAGUAAUAUCUCCUUACUGAAGCAAAGUCUGGAAAUGCAGCUAUCUCAGUCGCAGGAUUCCUUGCAGAAACAUCAGUGCCAAUUCAACCAUGAGAGACAACGGCUCACGAAGCAAAUGCAAGAAAUGGAAGAAGAACAUAAACAUCAACAGGCAUCUUUAGAGGAUGCUCACCAGAAUGCUUUGAGAAAUAUGGAAUCUAAAAAACAAGAGUACAAGAAAUUGGAAGACUCUUUAAAUAGACAGCACGAAGAGAAAAUGGAGGCCCAGAAGGAUGGUCAUAGAAUAAAUUUGGAGGCUUUGCAAAAUGAAGCAGAAGAACAGCUGCGAGAUUUGAGGACAGAGUUGGAGGAUGAAAGAAAAGUACUACUUGCGGCGUCUUGUUCAGAUCUCAUCUAUAAGCAUUCUGUAGCUAUGGACCAGCUGAAACAAAAUCACCAACAAGAAAUAGCAGCUGCAAGAAUGGAAUUAGAUCGGGCUAUCGACCUGCGUAGACAAGAGAAGAAGGAGCUACUGAGCAGAAUAUCUGACUUGCAAGAAGAAAUACGACACCGUGAGCAUCAUAUAAAGGAAAUGGAUGAGGAGAACCGAUCUAUGCAUGAAAACCUAAGUACCUUGACCAAAGAGCUUGAGUAUAAAGGGAAUGAAGUUUUAAAAGUACGAAGUGAAGUCAACCAGAAAAUUAGGAUUUAUGAACAGGAGAUGAUAAAGAAACAAGAGAAGAAGAUAAAUGAAAUGACUGCAGCCCAAAUCCGAGAAACACAGUGCAUGCUAACAGACUUCAACAAGGCUCAGGAAUUCCUGAAAGAUAAAAUUUCUUCUCUGGAAAUCUUAUUGGAAGAGGCUGAGGAAAAAUACAAUAGCAGAGAAUCAAGAGCAGAAGAUCUACAGUUGAUCAAUGAAUUAAAGGAAAUGAUUACAGAACGGGAUCAGCUCAUGAAAAAACUAGUGGAUGACAAGAAAUAUUACCAACUGGAACUGGUGAACAGAGAAACAAAUUUCAACAAGGUUUUUAAUGCCAGCCCUACAGUUGGCGUUAUCAAUCCCUUAGCCAAGCAGAAAAAAAAGAAUGAUAAAAUUGCCAGUCGCUUUGUUAGUGUCCCAAAUCUAAGUGCUGUGGAAUCUGCAGGAAUGGGAAAUGGGCAACAGCAGCACAAUCGCUUAGAGCCAAUUCCGAAUUCUCCUGUUCAUGAUAUUGGGUUCAAUAGUAACAAGCCUCUACCACAGACUGUACCUCCAAAGGAGGUAAAAAGAUUUGUGAGCCCUUCACACACGGAAACCACACCAGUCACAGAGUCCUCGUCAGAUCCGCAGCAUGAAGAAUGGUUUGCAAGAUAUUUUACUUUCUAAAAGUAGCCUAACUCCUAUGGAUCUUAUACACAUUAUUCUACAGUAGGAGCAUGAUGCUACAAAAAUCAAUUUUUAACAUUUGAGUAUAGUUAUUGUCAUAAAGCAUUUUGAAAAAUAAGCACUUUGAGGAGUAAGGAGUUUAGUAUGUUUGGCUGGGCCUGUUUGAGUUGUCAUCCAGGACUUCUAAAAUGUGCAAAGUUACCAACCACACAAAACAUUUUAUUUUACCAAUGUUAAAUAAUAUUUUGAAACCAUGCUCCUUGCAAUUCUCCCAGGUUGUGGAGCAGAACACAUUAAGUUUUUCCAUGUCUGCCAAAAGACUUGCUGAUCAAUUGCCUCGUGUGGCUUUCCCUAUGAUUAUCCUUUGCCAAAUUUGAGAGAGAAAAGCCUAGGUUUUCCUUGAUAUCUCGUGAAGUUACCUAUAUUAUUUUAUGUACAAAAUAUGCAAUAUAUUGGAAUAUAAUAUAGAUGUGAAAUAUGAUUUGUAUUUUAACUCAGGACAUCUCACUGUUUGGAAGUUUAUAUUGAUUGCUAAAUUAACUUUUGUUCCUGUAACAUAAGCUUUUUGUUUUGUUCAGGAGAAUGCUAAAUCACAGGAUCGGUUCAUGAGUUGGCCAAUAGCACUGCUUGACAUUAGGACUUUAAGCGCUGUUUGUUUAUUCCAUUUCUCCUGAGCAAAUAUAGUAUUGCAAAAUUUAGUUUCAUAAAAAAUGUGUAAAUAUAGAAUGAAAGAAAAAUAAAUGCAAUAUUGUCAGAAGUGGGUAAGUGAUCAGUUGGCAUCCUUGCAGGCUGAAUAAAGAACAUAAAAAUGAAUGCAUGCUGUUUCCUUUUCAUCUAUUUUUAUAAUACAGAAUGCAACUUUACAUUGUGUU